CUUGUGGUGCCGUUUUAAAAACCGUUUGGGGGUAUAAAAUCCAACACCGCACUUUGUUGAAACAUCACUUGACAACAGUGAACUCAUUCAGCAACACACAGCAUCAGCAGCCAUGGCAACAAAGGUGCUAAGUAUCUUGUGCUUGAUAACGUGGACCGCAGCAUCGCGAUUCAACUACAAUAAUAAUUACAGCCCGUUAUAUCGUCAACAUCUUGUUCAGUACGUCCAACCAUCAGCUUUAGCUUCAGCUUCAGCGCCCACUGCCACCUUUCAUUAUGCAGCACCGCAAAUAGCACCAAUUGUUGCAUCCACUCAGGAAGAGCUCCAAGUUGAACACAAUUCAGUUGCAAGUCCCACUCCCGACAAAUAUGAUUUCUCGUAUGGGGUACAUGACUCUUUGACAGGCGAUAUCAAGAGCCAGAUUGAGUCCCGUGAGGGAGGCCUCGUGCAAGGAUCCUACAGUCUAAUUGAUGCCGAUGGAUAUAAACGCACUGUGACGUACUCUUCGGACGAUGUGAAUGGUUUCAAUGCUGUUGUUCAACGAGAACCCGUGGCAAAAGUUUCUGCUUUUGUUGUGCCACUGCAGUAUCCUCAGGCACAUCAGUACCUGCCAGUGUUCCAAGCUCCUUUCCCUUACCCGUCAUCAGUGACGACAAUAACGCCUCAAUAUCAACCAUUGCCACCAUCCUCAUCCCAACCUCCACAGACUCUGCAACCGUUGUUGCCUCCGUCGUCGUCGUCCUCGAUUCCGGCAGCGGUGGAACCAAAUUUUGAUGAUGCUGAAAUUGUACCAGCACAACAACAACCGUCAGGAGAAGCCUUUGAGCCAGCCGAUACUGAAGAUUUCGAAGACGUUCCUCAGUCCGACGAUGAUAGCGAUGUUGUUGAGGCAUAUGGCGCUGCUGCAGCUGCAAGAACUACUUUAGAAAAUAAUGAGAGCAGUUACGCACAGAAUCGAACAGAACCAGUAACCACUCCACAAACCAUUAUUGAGCAACAAAACUGAACAGACAAAGGGUGAUGAAAUUUAAAUUGGACGCAUUUAACGAAAGUUAAAUGUACAUUCGUUAAAAUAAAAUUUGUUUGAAGCUUAAA